AAUUUGCAUCAAAAAUAUAAACAUUUUUUGGUUUCUGAUUGGUGUUGAUGUUAUUCUCAAUCUAGUUUUGUUCUAUCCUGCCGCAUCAACAACUUAAGCGCGAAGUUGGGCCCCUUGAGGAGGCUAAACAAAUUUACUAUUCAAAUUUUCGCAGUUGAUUUACUUGCAUAUAUUAUUUAGAAUUACAACCGCAUAUUCAGCUUUGUUUUAAUUCACUUAAAAUACAAUAAAUUUAACUUUACAUGCAGGGCGACAACUCACGUGCCCCUGAGCGGGUAAAGCGGACGUAUUCGCUUCUCAAUUUCCAAUAGAUAUAUUUGCCUUGUGUGUCAGUAGAAGCGAGCUGCACGUUAAAAGCUACGAAAAUGUCGCGAGAGAGAGACUUUAGUUAAGCUUGCUUAAUUCAAUUAAAAGCACAGCAUACUGCCUUAUGAAUCGUUAGUCGAUCGCUCGAGCGCAACAACUACGGUUUAUUCAAAUCCCAGAUCCCUAACGCUUAACGUUAAACACUUUUUAAACGAAUAAACGCGUUACUGAUGCUUUCCUAUUGGCGUUGCAUAGAUUUUGGGUUGUUGCUGUUGUGGUUAUUGGCGUUGUGCCCCUAUGCCCAUUCAAAGUUGCCGUCGACAAUCAGACCAUGUGUCCGAGAUGAUCCUCAAUUGGAGCGUUGUAUUAUCAACGCUGUUUACCAAAUAAGGCCACUACUAGUUCACGGAAAUCUGGGGGAAGGCUAUAGAACGCCUCCAUUGGAGCCCUUGUCCCUAGAUAAUAUCGAACUAGGACGGAGUAGCCAGUUUCAAGCUGUGUUUACCGAUCUCGAGGCCAAUGGAGGGAGUAACUUUAUUAUUGAUCGCCUUAUUGCCAAACCGUUAGAUAUAUCGUAUGACCUUUGGAUUACUCUUCCGCGCAUCGACUUUAGAGGAAAGUACUCAUUGCACCUCAACUUGCUGCUCCUAGACAUACAAGGAAGGGGGAACAUGCAGGGAUAUUGUGAAAAUGCAAAAGCAUCUGUUAAAAUGCGGGGCUCUCGCUACCUACGAAAUGGUAAAGACUAUGUAAAGUUUACCAAAAUGACCAUGCGCAUUAAUUUUAAGGACUUCAAAUUGAACCUGGAAAACCUUUUCAAUGGAGAUCGGAUUUUGGGAGAUGUCGGAAACAGCCUCCUCAACAAUAAUCAGGAAUUAUAUCUAAACGAGAUUGUGCCAGGAUUAGAGCACGGCCUAUCAAAAAAGUUUUUAGAUGUGGCAAAUGAAAUCCUUGCCACUGCGACCUUUGAUGAAAUGUUCCCGCCUGGAAGGACUGUUAUCAAUCCGGUUACAUAUCCGUCACGUUCACCAUUAUCGGGUCUCGGUCCAGCUAUAUUUGAACCUCGUGUGUCUAUCCAAAACCCCGAAGGUGGUAUUUUAGAUGAAUUACCGCGUAUACAGAACCACUAGUCAAGCGCAAAUAGUUUUGAGGACAUAGUUAUAAGUACAAAAAUAAAAAAACCUUUGUUUUUUGUAACAA